AUGGAGCGUGUUGCUACCUACAGCGUGGAGGGAUGGUUGUUAAUGCACCCAGAGCUGCGGGAAGAAGUGUGCGGGCAGCUCAUGCAACUCAAUGGAGACACAAGAACUAUGCAUCCUCACAGACUUCUUCCCGCAGCUCCAGGAGAUCUUAAAUUACCUUCUGAUUCUGGCUUUGGUGAGCACAGCUUCAACACGCCAUGCUCAGAGAAAACCAAGAGAUGGGGAAAACCACGAAAACAAAAGUAUGAAACUUCCUUUAUAGAGUUACCAAAAGACUGCAGUGACAUCCCAAGAAACAAAGAAAGUGGAGUGUAUGCUAUCCAACCCAAAGAUUGUCCUCACCCAUUGGUUGUGUAUUGUGACAUGACAACCUAUAGUGGAGGCUGGAUUGUCAUCCAGCGGAAUUCCUUUAACUCAGAGAUUGCAUGGGAUGAGUCCUGGACUACUUACAAAUAUGGCUUUGGCAACGUUGAGAAGGAUUACUGGCUGGGCAUUGAGUAUAUUCACCAGAUCACUAAGCAGAGGGUCUACCAGGUCCGUUUUGUCAUUCUUGACAAUAACAAUGAAGAAAAAUAUGCUGAUUACAACCUGUUCAGUGUGGAAGAUGAGGCUAAUGGUUACAAGCUGAGGUUGGGCAGCUACACGGGCACUGCCGGAGAUGCCAUGUCUUCAGUAACUGCAGGACUCACACAUGAUAACAUGAAGUUCACAGUUAAGGACAAAGACCAGGACACUCAUGCUGGUGCUAAUUGUGCUUCCAGUUAUGGUGGUGCAUGGUGGUAUGGAGCAUGUUUUGCCUCCAAGCUGAACAACAAGAAUGGAAUACACUGGCAUGGGCUUUGUAACGGGAACUGCAAGGGAUCAACUGUAUUAAUCCGGCCAGCAGAUUACUGCAUUUACCAUGAUUAA